GGCGGCUCUUUAUGCCUUCGCGCACACACUUUUGGGUAAAAUGAGUGUGAACCUCUGAUGUUUGAGAUGUAGUCGAAAGAAAAAGUUUCGUGUAGGCGUCAGUUUGUCUUAGUUUAACAUACGCGUCUUAAUUUAAGUUACUUGUGAACGAGCAGUAAACAAUGUAAGACCAUGGUAGUCCUGAGAGAAGGCUUGUGUCCUGGACUGGAUGAGGAUUUAGUGCGGGACCUGCGUGCUGCUGACAUUAAAACAGUGGAGGACCUGGUCUCGUCCGACAUUGAGGACCUUGCUCAGAAAUGUUCUGUGUCAUAUAAGGCUCUGUUUGCCAUCCGCCGAGUGCUGCUGGCCCAACACACAGCUUUCCCUGUGUCGGGCGCUGAUCUGUAUGAGGAACUAUUGAGCUCAACAGCCAUCCUCUCCACUGGAAAUCCCAGCUUAGAUAAACUGCUGGAUUCAGGCUUGUAUACUGGAGAGAUAACAGAGCUGUCUGGAGGCCCAGGAAGUGGCAAAUCUCAGGUGUGUUUUGGUGUCGCGGUGCACAUUUCGUACCAUCUGAAACAGAGUGUGAUUUACAUUGACACGACAGGAGGGCUGACCGCCAGCCGGCUGCUUCAGAUGCUGCGAGCUGAAACAAGUAACACAGAGGAGCAGAUGGAAGCUCUGCAGAGGAUCCACAUCUUUCGUCUGUUUGACAUCUACUCCUUACUCGACUGCCUGUACAGUCUUUGCGGUGGCGGGCUUCAGCAGGCAUCUGUUGGCGGUGGCUCUGCCAAGGCAGUGAUUGUGGACUCGGUGUCAGCUGUUAUCUCUCCUCUACUGGGAGGCAAACAAAAUGAAGGGAUGUCCUUGAUGAUACAAGUGGCAGGAGUUCUCAAGAUGAUGGCGAAGGACUUCAACGUUGCAGCUUUAGUAACAAACCAUGUAACGAGAGGUGGCAGCGGGGAGGUGCAGCCAGGCCUUGGUGUAUCGUGGAGUCACAUCCCCAGAACCAGAGUCCUGCUGGAGCGAGUGGAGAAGGCCGUGGCUGUCGGCCGCCCCAGUUUGCGCUCUGCAACACUGAUCAAGUCUUCUAGACAGCCUUGUCACAUCAAAGAAGAGUUUGACUUGCAGUGGUGGAGUCGCUCUAAAGAAGGACCCUCAGGAAAGAGAAAACUGGAUGAGACCGAUUCCUGACGAGAGCCAGCUAUAAUCGUCUGCCAAAACGUCUGACCAAAGGGAGGUACGACGCGCCUCUUCCUGAUACAUUCCCAGAUCCAGCUGGGUGUGACUCUCUGGGCUUGGCUGUUCUCUUCAGGUUCCGCCAGAGUGUGUGUGGCUGAGGCGGUGUCGUAGUCCGGUACGAGGUCUCCGUCAUACGCCACAAAGUACCGCCUCAGCUUGUCAAAGUCCUGCACUGACACGGGCAGGAAAAGCUUCACCCCGGUGAAGAUGUCCAGCAGCGUCUACAAGGAGAACACAAAUGGUCAGUAGAAGAAGUACCCUCCACUUUAACUGUCCCCAAACACCUAUUGGAAACUUACAGGACGAUCACUUGUGUUUAUUAUUAUUUCUGAUAGAAGAUCUGAUUGCCUUUGGUGGGACAACUUUGUCUUUCAUGACACUAUUUAAAUGUCAGCUGCUGUCAUUAACCUGUAUUUUGGUUCAUUUUAUUAGACACUGUAGUGUCUGCUUCGCUGUCAUGUUACACACACACACAAAAAAAAAUUAGUUCUGCGGUGCAUUACUGAAAAAUAACUUUAUGUCAGCUGUAAAUAAUGACUGUAUAUACACUCACAAGUGAAUUUCAGGCUUCAUCUUGACACUUAGCGAAAAGGAGAAAAGAGCUAGCUCACGGACCACUGGCUAGAAUCGAGCAGUAGUGGCAGGCAGGUGAACCGCAGAGAUACGGGGAUUUCUCUGACUGCACAACACACUUGUCAAAAUUGUCACAGUGAAAAGGAAACACAAAAAGGUUGAUUUAAAUUUGGAAGCAGAGUCUUGUGCUGAUUAACAGUGAUCACGGGCUAAAAAAAAAAAAAUCUGACUGCGAAUCAUCACAAGCUGCAACUACUUAUAACAUUAAAUUAACCUUUUUCUGAUUAAUAAUUUUGUCUAUAAAAUGUUUUAA